AACGUGAAGGCCGGCGAAAUGCCGCUAAGUACUUCGCGUGCUGUCGAUGCCAUAUGUUGACGUUUAUUUAAGUUUAUCGACCCUAAGUGAAAUUUGAACUCUUGAAUCCAAGGGAGAGCAAAUUUAAAUACUUCUAAUACAUAAUAGUAUGAUGUCUUAUACAGCUGCGAUAUAGAGUCCUUAAAAAUGCAAGUUAAUAAUAAUGUAAUAGAUUACAGAAUACCUUAACCCACUACCCAUAAAUCUCGAUUUUAUACUCAGAGAGGCAGGCUUCCGAUAGAGUUUCAUUAUAUUCGUUACACAUCAGUCAAAAUGGAGGCCGGUGUGUCGUCGAUGUUUCCUCUCGCUGUUAAUUUACUCUUUUCAAUUGUUGGGAUAUUUGUCACACACAAAAUUCUCUUGAAAUGUAAAUCUAUGUUUAUAAACGCCCAUUUAUUUGGCAUGGAUCUUAGUAAGAGGCAAACCAAAAAAAUUCCUGAAUCUCAAGGAGUUAUCAUUGGUACUGUAUUUCUGAUAAUCAUGUUUUUGUUCAUUCCUGUACCAUUCUACAACUAUCUGACAAAAACAGAAAAUAAUGAAUUUCCUCACAGCAAAUUUAUUGAAUAUCUAGCUGCAUUACUGUCCAUAUGCUGCAUGAUCUUUCUUGGAUUUGCUGAUGAUGUUUUAAAUCUUCGGUGGCGCCAAAAGCUCUUGCUUCCUACAAUUGCUUCUCUUCCCUUGCUGAUGGUGUAUUUUGCUAAUUUUGGAGCAACUCUAAUCAUUGUACCAAAACCAUUUAGAGAAAUUGUUGGUUUCGACUUGGACCUACAUAUAUUUUAUUAUGUUUAUAUGGGAAUGCUUGCUGUGUUUUGCACAAAUGCCAUCAAUAUUUUGGCUGGAGUAAAUGGUUUAGAAGUUGGUCAGUCUGUCAUAAUUGCUGCAUCUGUACUAAUUUUCAACAUUAUUGAGAUAGUACAUGGUAACCAACCUGCCACACAUGAAUUUUCCAUCUAUUUUUUAAUGCCAUUCACUGCCUUGUGUUGUGUCUUACUCUGGCACAAUUGGUACCCUGCUGAAGUGUUUGUUGGUGACACUUUUUGUUAUUUUGCUGGCAUGACGUUUGCUGUGGUUGCUAUCCUGGGACACUUCAGCAAAACACUUCUUCUUUUCUUCAUUCCACAAGUGUUCAACUUUCUCUAUUCAGUCCCACAGCUUUUCCAUUUCUUACCAUGUCCACGACACAGAAUACCAAAAUUUGAUCCUAAAACCAAUAAAGUAGGAAUAAGUCUUAUGAACUGUGAACGUAAUCAAAUCAAACCGCUUGGUUGGAUAAUGUUAAAAGUGUUGUCGCUCUUCCGUCUGAUCCAACUAAAUGAAAUGAAAUCCAAAAAUAGCAAAGGAACUGUUAUAGAAUGUAACAACCUAACAUUGCUAAACUUAGUAUUAGUUUAUACUGGUCCACUUCAUGAAAGAAGUCUUGUUUUGAUUCUCCUCUCCAUUCAGAUUUUCUGCAGUCUUAUUGCAUUCUUUAUCCGUUACCAAGUUGCCAAAAUAUUCUAUGACGUAUGAAAUGAAAGUCCAAAAAUCAAAAAUGAUUGAUGAUAAUAACAAUAAUAAAUUGAUAUUGUCUUUAUUAAAAAAAUGCAAAAAAAUAAAAACCUUA